AUGGAUCCGACGGCAGAAAAAGGAAAUAACUCGGCGACAAGCGAACACUGGCACCGUCUACCGCCUCCACUGGUCCCAUCUGCCGAGCUAACGGACGCGACAGCGCGGAUACUUAAACUGGACAAACCGCUGCCACCGAUGCCCUUGGAAGGGCAGAAAGAGGAAACGUUCCGAAGGUCAUGGAUGGAAACGGAUAGAGAAGACGAGACCGGCAAACGAGAUAUUGACCCUGACUAUAUUCGUGCACCAUCGUCGACCGCAGUCUCUUCACCAUCGUUGAGCUCGAGCUCAAAUACCUAUGUUCGUCGCGCUCAAACUGCUUCCUCUCCUAUCGAGCCGGACUGGUCCCCGAAUCUCCGUUCAAAUAUCUCACAAUCUACUAAUCUUUCAGAAUCAAUAGUAUCUCUUAAUUCCCCAGCAUCUCCCAACUUUUCUGGUCAAUCUUUUCACCAACAUCUCACUCGUUCUGUCUCCGACGGAGAGCCCUCAUUCACUUCGGAUUCCGGUCGUUCGCGCUCUUCAAAGUCCUUGUUUCUACCAGAUCCUUCACAUUUCCCCGACCCGUAUCCGUUUCGCCCACCCCAUCACCAUUUCGUCUCUCCACCCCCAGGCCUUUCUGAUUCUUCUUCGUCAACCCGAUCAUCGGGCUACACGAGUUCAGGAAGUACAUUGCUCUCAGGUGAUUUCGUUCACGUCGCGUCAGGGGACGAUGAAAGUGCCGCGGGAAGAAUUAUAUCUGAUUCUGUCGUGCAGCUGCUGGGCAGCGAUGUGGUUCUAUCUGCAGCUUCGCCAGGAAUGCAUCCCCGCGUCCCUGUAGCACAUGCAGAGCGCUCAACAAGAUGGUCCGAGGGCAGUUUUAGAUCCCGUUCCUCCUCUGUUGGCAACAACAUUCCCACCCACAACCACGACCAUUUUGUUCCCAGGUUGCAUGAGAAGCCUAGUUACGACAUGGGAUGGCAUACCGUCGACGAAAGGGACGAAAUGGGCAUGAGUGAGGAAGAUACGGAUGAUGAUCAGGCCCUUGACGACGAGUAUGACGAAGAUGACAAGGAAGAAAGGACGUCGGCUGCUGUAAUUGCUGACGAAGGUCGUGGGUUAAUUGUUCAUGGCGAUAACGUCCCUCUCGCGCAGUUAUCGGUCCAACCAGGGACUACCCAUCUUCUCGUUGGGUCAUCUGGUAAUCCGAACGCUAUGCCUGCUUUCCUGACGAACAAUAUCCCCCAAAUCUACAACACCCUUUUGGCCCUGGAUAUCUCAGCCAACUUCCUCGGUGCUCUGCCUCCAGUUCUUGCGCUAUGUGCUAAUUUGGAAGAGCUCAAUAUUGCAUCCAAUCCACUACGCGUUUUACCGGUCUUUCUAGCGGAUUUGUUAAAUCUUCGAGUCCUCAUCGCCGAUUCGACUGGCAUAAGUACCCUCCCAGAACCACUCGGGGAUCUCGAUAAAUUGCACACCAUCAGCGUCCGCAGAAAUAAGAUGCACGCACUUCCCAGUUGGCUUUGUCUGUUGCCAGCAUUGCAGACUCUCUGUGUCGACGGAAACCCUUUCCAAGGUCCAUGGAAAGCACUCGUAGAACCGUUGCUGGCAAAGACCCCAACGACGCCCGUAUACCCACUUUCUACCCCGGUGUUCCCAUUAUCUUCAGCCAGUACCCAGAGUGGUACCGAAACGGACGGCACGGACGGUGACGACUUCUCCGGUUCACCCAGCGCAGUCUCGCCUGCACCUGCACCAUUCAAUUUACCUCUGGAGGAAGAAGAACAGACGAUUACUCCUGCUAAAGGACCCUUCUUGGUCCAUGCCAACUCUGCCUCCUUGCCAUCCAUCUCGGGUGAUUCUCAGCGGCCUUUGGUGAGAACGCGGACAACACCCAAUCGUUCUUUUCACAGCCAAAAUCGAGCCAGAAGUACAGGUCCCGCAUUGGAAGAAUCUCCGGGUGCUGAGCUGCUUGAACAGUCAGAUGAUGCAGGGUACUUUGGUGAUCAUGAAAUACGGAAGAUGAAAAGCCUACCAUUGACUCAUUACGCUACAUCGGUAUCGAGUAACAACCUCUUGGCGAAGCCCGGCCCUUCCGACCGUCCUAUUACGAAGCGCUUUGCCAGUCUUGGAGCCUCAACAACCCUAGGAAGUCCCCCACGCAGCGCGUCGAAUGGCUCAAGACCCGCUCUUACUGCCUCACUCUGGGACAAUAUUUCAGAGGACGAUGACCAACCUUAUGACUCACAUAAUCGGGUGUCUUUUGUCCCGGAUAGCACGUCAUCACCCAAACUCGCAAACGACGACCUGAAUGGUAAAGCCACCGUUAGACCGCGUCCUCCUAAAGAUAGCAAAGAGAAAGGGAGUCGAUGGGGGUUCUUGAAGAAAAUGUCGAUGGGGAAAAUGAAGAUCGAUUCUCCAUCACGUCCCUUCACCGCACAUUCCAGUUCCGGAGUAACGCCUAGACCUUCCAACGGCAUGCAACCCUUGUUCCAUCGCACGAGCAAAUCCCCUCAAAUUGACGUGCGGUUUUCAACGACAGGAAACUUGGAUGCUUUCACCCCUCCGUCUAUAUCGACGUCCGCCCCGUCUUCUGAACCUCCCGCCCACGAAUUACCGUCAACGAACAAAUUAGCACCCCCUUCUCUGGCGUCCUCGUCUACCCUUCUAGCGCCACCUUCCCCCGCCCCACGAUCUAGCAAGCGCCGAAGCUUCCUCCCAUUUGACACUCCAAUCUCCCUCACUAUCCCAGAGCCGUCAUCAUUCAUUCCCGGCGUGACAGCCACAAACGACGACGAUCCGGAAACACGGAUAAGGUCCCCCAGUCCUGUCAUCGAUCACGAGAAGCUUCUGCGGCGCGAAGAAGAAAGGGCACGGGAGGCGUACAUGAGGGCUCUUCGUUCAGUCAUGGCGUAUCUGAAAGACAUGAAUGAUCUGGGAACCGUACAACAACCUAUGGCAACGAAUAUCCCUGGUUCUGAAGAAACCAUUCCUCGGUCACGACGCCCUACUAUUGUGGAAAAUGGCCGGGAAGUUUCGAUGGCGCUAAGUGGAACCACAGUUGUCUCAUCAGAUUCGGGCCAACUACGGUCAAGCGAAUCGAUAGCAGGGAUGCGAAGUGGGGGUGCGGCACAGACGCUCAGCGUCGCAACAACAGAUAGUGGGUCAUCCGAAGAACGUGUGUAUAAGGAUGACAAGGGCAAACGAGCAAUGGUCAUUCGUGAAAUCGUCGCCACGGAACGGACAGAACUCAUGGAUAUCUACAUCAAGCCGGGUUGUGCCCCUGUCAAUAUGCUUACUGGCGGCUCCAGUAAGGAAACGGUCGUUCCUCCAUCAGAGCGAAAAGUCGUUUUCAACGGGGUGGACGCACUAUUCUCCUUCCACAAAGAGAGUUUUCUACCGUCACUAGAAGUCGCAGCAGCGCCACUCAUGAAGCCCAAAGCAGAUCAAGACGCAGACGCUGAUGGACAACUCUCAUUGAAUGUAGCUAAGGCUGUUGGUAAUAUUUUCGUCAAGCACGCUGCCUUCAUGAAAAUGUAUUCAAGUUAUAUCAACAACUUUGACCAUUCCGUACAGCGUGUCAAGUAUUGGACAUCAGAUCGUAACACGUCUGGGAGCUCCAGUCCAGGGUCGACAAUGUCACCAUCGUCAAGUACAGCCCAACUUGUUGGUCUUGGCUUGACAAUGUCUGCCGUUUCAUCGCCGAUUGUCGUCGAAAGUAGCUCGGGUCCAGCCGGAUUGCCAAAUCUCUCUAGUGGCCAACGGAAGCGGAUACGCACUUAUCUGAAGAGAUGUCGGAUGAGUCCACGACACUCGCAGCUGAACCUAGAAGGAUAUCUUCUCCUCCCAGUACAACGCAUACCUCGGUAUCGGUUGCUUUUGGAAGAAUUACUUCGAAGCACACCGCCUAGCUAUGAUUUCAUGGAAGAUCCUCUGGAUCGCGCCUUAUCCGAAAUCUCACUUUUGGCUAAUAACAUGAAUGAAGGCAAACGCGAGUCCGAGUCAAGACGAAAGUUGGUACAAUGGCAGGCAAGAAUACGAGGCAAAUUUCCCAGUCCGUUGGUACAACCGCAUCGGCGGCUUAUAAUGGACGGUCCGCUAUUAUUGACACGGGUUGUACGGAAAGCCGUCGUGUCCUUCGAAGCCAUAAAUUCGCAAGGAGACGCCUCUACCGUUCAAGUUGACUGCUUAGCGCCCGAAUUAACUCCCCGGCCUCUUGUCGGCAUCCUCUGUAACGAUCUCUUGGUUCUCUGUCGAGAUCCUUCCGAUGGACAAGACCCUUCGUCUUCUGUUGAUCUUUGGGCAGUCCUAAGGAUGCAAACAUUGCCGCAACCUGCCAGUAUUGUUCACGGAAACGGUUGGUCCUUCCAUCUGCAACCUUGUGCCCUCCGGCUGGUGGAUAACAAAGCGAUACUGUACUUUGACGCCCCAUCCUCGUCCGAUGCCUUGAACUGGUAUCGAGCGAUUAACCUCCAUAUCCCCGCCUCCAAAACAUAG